CUCUCUCUCUCUCUCUCUCUCUCUCUUUUUCUCUAUCUAUUUAUGUCCAUCUUUAUCAUACUUUCAGGAUUUCACGAAGUUUAAUUUCGUUUUUCUACGAAGGUUACGAUUAAUUAAAUCGUAAUAUCAAUUAACAAUCGUUCGUAUCAAAAACAUUGUCUUUUGUCAUUUUCGUACAUCGUCGCAAAUAUUAAAUCCAUUGAUGAUGAUAUUUUUUGUCGUGCCGAGAUAAAGAUCAUACGAGAACGUACCUUCCCUCUCCCUUUUCCCUUAUCAUUAAUAUCCAAGUAUAAAAAUUUCAAUCAAUUAAUUAUUAUCAUGGAAUAAAACUAAAUUAAUAUAUUCGAAAUUAAAUAACGAAUGGUAAAUCUAUUCUAUCAUACAUAUCGCAUUAUCUAUAAUUUCUGUUACGAUCUUUUCAAUGCUUCAUCAUGUCUAUAAAAAUAAUCUCGUUUUUUUUUUUUUUUUUGUUUUCUAAUGGACAGAGAAACAAAAGACAAGAAAAACACAAAAAUAAAAACAAGCGCAAAUAAGGGGAAAAAAAGUCAAAGCGAAUUAACACGAAUCAUUAAAAAACGUAUAUACCUUUCCAAAGAGGGUCGAAGAGGAGAAAGACAAAGAGAGAGAGAGAGAGAGAAAGAGAGAGAAAGAGAGAGAGAGAGAGAGAGAGAGAGAUAGAGAUAGAUAGAGAGAGGUCAAAGAGUGCUUUUUUUUUUGUUUAAAAUUUUUCUUUUUCUUCUAUAUAGACAUCGAUUAUCGAUAACGAAGAAAAUUAUUAUUGAAUAGACGGUGUAACCGUUUAUAAUGUUACAAAAGUCUUGACAAAGUGCUCUCGAGUAAAAGCGUGGGAGGGAUGGAAGGAUGGAUGUUUUGAGGAGGGAGGGGGGAGGAUGGAGGGAAGGAAAAGAAAGAGAGAAAAAAAGAGAGAGAGAGAGAGAGAGAGAAAAAAAAGAUCGUACUCGACAAAUCUAUAUUAUAGUUUGUUCAACGUCAAAAGGGAUGACUAUAUACGGAGUCAUCUUUCUAAGUUUGCGACGGUCGUGUGUAAUGUUUACGCUUUGGCGAAUUGCUUUGACUUCAAGUUUUAAAUGCGUGUUCUACUGUUCGUUCAAGGAGGAGGAAAGGAGUAUUCUAACUUCGUCGAUCGAGGAAAUAAAAGAAGAAACGACGACGACGACGACGACGACGACGACGACGACGAAGACUAUGGCGUUGGUCGUGGAAAAGAAUGGAAUUGAAACGAAAUCGAUCGGCAAGGUUGAAACCAAAGUUGAAAGAAAGGUUGAGAACAAAGAUGAGAAAAAGGUUGAUACCAAAGGGGAAUCGGAUACGAAGGAGGAGGAAGACUUUGAACGAUCUGAUUGGCAAACGAAAAUUUCCAAUAAGGUCGAGACGAUCGAUGAUUCGGCCAACGCGAAUGAGGAUGCCGAGGUUGUUGUGGAGAUCGCCGAUAAGAAGAAAGAAGGAGAAGAAAAAAAAGAAAAAGAAGAAAAGAAAAAGGAGGAGAAGGAGGAGGAGGAGGAGGAGGAGAAGGAGUUUGAUAGGAAAGAUCGACAAAAGGAUUUUUAUCAUAUAGAUUCAGAUCAAUAUCUCGAUGAUUCGAUAUUUGAUAUCGGAGACUUAGAAGACGAAUGGUAUCCUAGAAUGGAAGCGCUUCCAUCGGACGAAUUAGUCGAUUCUAUCAGCGACAUUUGCACCUGUCCUAAACCGGAAGAACCUAUAUCUAUACCUCCCACGCAACCCCCAUGCGAUCCAGUCGAGGAAUUUAUUAAAAGAAUGGAAAGGGAUAUUGACAAGGAUCAACUUGUAAGGAUUUUUCAAAUAGACGGUAUUGGUCCCAAGGUUUCGGAGAUAAAAGUUACAGCUGUUAAUAUUUGGUUAUGCGAAUGUGCUCGUAGUCAGAAUGGUUACGUAGGACCACGUAAUAUCAAACACUUCCUAUGUCCAGAUCUUCAGGAUUCUAACGGUUGCCAUUAUUAAUAAUCGAAGAGUAGAAUUUGCGUUUCUCUUUUUCAUUUUAAUACGAUUCUAACGACAAUCCUGAAUUUAUCCGAUUGAUUUUUAUAUUAGCUAUGUAUGGUAUUGUCUAUCUACGUAUGUACACACACACACACACACAUAUAUAUAUAUAUAUAUAUACAUAUAUAUGUAUAUAUGUAUGUACGUAAUAGGUACGUUUAAUUUCUCAUCGACGGAAGAACUUAAAUUUCUCCAUAAAUGAAUUUUCCAAUUGCGACGCAAAUACCGAUCCUAUCGAAUUGCAUUUGCCAAGAUUUUAUGUGCCGUUUUACGCAAAUAUAUAUAUAUAUAUAUAUAUACUCUAUCUCGCAGAUUUUACAUAUUAAAACGUAACGCUUCGUUUCGUUCACAAAAUAUAAUCCACCACGUGAGAUGCAUUAACGAAUCGUAAUAUCAUCGUUUCUUUCCCCCCUUGCUCCCCCUCCCAUCCCCUUUCUUUCUUCCUCUGUUUUUUCCUAUUUGUUCUUUUUGUUCCCCCCCCCCUCCCCUCUUCUUUACAACACAAAAGAACGUAUUAUUUGCCAUGAAAUAAUUUUUUAAUCGCUAUGCAAUGUUACAAGUACUUACUCGGAUGCUACUCUAAUAUAUACAAUUAUUCUGUACUAUGUAAUUUUAUGCAAAGUAAAAAAAUGUGAAUGGGUUUCUUUUAAUUAUUGUAUCAGUUCAUUUUUCUUCUCUCUCUCUCUCUCUCUCUCUCUCUCUUUCUUUUUCUGUUUUCAUUCGGAAUAAUAAAAUAUAUCAGAGAUUAUUGUGCUUUUCUAGCUUAAAACCUUAAAAAUGUCAUUGAAUCCUUUCCGUUCGAUCGAUACACUGUUAUUCCACACCACUUCCUUCUUUCCCCUUCUCCCACCAACUUCCCCUAUCCCCUCCAAAGAACAAAUACCCUCUAUAUAAUAAAAUAAUUUUAUUUAUAUUAUAGUUCACGAUUUUCUCGUGUAAUCAGAUAAACGUAAUAAACAUUCGUAUAGAAAUACAGGUAGUCAUUGGUUAUUGGAAAAAAAUUUACGAGUAGCACAGAUAAAACUUUACUUUUAUCAUUCUCUCUCUCUCUCUCUCUCUCUCUCUCUCUUUCUCUCUAUUUCUCUCUAUUUCUAUAUCUAUUUGUAUUUCUUUCAUUAAAGAUAAACUUUUGAAAAGUCCGUUUAAUUUGUAGUGAGUAACGUUACUUCAGCAAUUUUCAACUUAACUAAUCUCAUCGAUUUUUCACAGUGGUACGGUGAUAUUCGAGGAUAUAUUUCCUCACUUCCGUCCAAUUAGUAAGAUAAUUUAUAGUAAUAUCGAAGGAGAAACGAGGUCGAAAAUGUUCUCUCGUGCGCGUAUUUUAGUAGCAUAAGCGCGUUAAUAGAACGUUAGAACGGCGGUAGAAUUUCUGUUAGAUAUUUGUAAUAUGCGUAUAUAUAUAUAUAUACAUAUAUACUUAUAUAUUUCGACAUAUGAGUAACUCAUAUCGAAGAAACAUAUUUAAUACGACGGUACCUUAUCGUUGCUUUCAUAGCAAUAAGAAUCGAUUUUAAUUAAACUUUUGAGAAAGUGAUGGGGAUUGGUUUAAGAGGGUAUUAAGAAAAGGUAUUAUAAUUAAAUACGAAAAUGAAUUUUUCUCACCGAACGUGUAAUAAUCUUCCGAACUGACGUUGGAUCAUCCGUAUAAUAAUCAAGAGAUACGGCGUCGAUUGGAGAACUUGCGGAAUGAAAUGCACGUUGAUUAUUAAGCAAACAUUUAUUCGGGUAUCCUGGAAUUCAGACAUCUCGGAUAGGAUUUUCGGUUCCGUGGUCCAUGGUCCGUGGUACGUGGACCGACGCAAAAUUGAUUUUAAUGUAUCCUCAUUCCAAAACCGUAACCACAACGAACAUACCAAUGGGUACAAGCGCGUGAAGAUCUGGAAUUUUAAUAUAACGGUUCUCGAUCUCGAUUGCACGAAAACUUAGUUCGGAGUUUGUUGAAGUUCGCUUCAAGUCUCGGUGCACCAGAAUGCUCGUACGUCGUUAAAACCAGACACACGAACUAAAACACAGAGAAAGAGAGAGAGAGAGAGAGAGAGAGAGAUAAAUAGAUAGAUGAACGAAUGUAUGUGCGUGCGCUCGUAUAUGUGAGAGAGAAAGAGAGAGAGAAAAAAAAGAGAAAAAGAAGCGAGGGGAAAAAGCUUAUCGAUUUUCGUCGACACACACACUUACAUACAUAGAUACAUAUAUAUAUAUAUAUAUACAACAUGGAUGGGGUUUGUAAAUUCAACGGAUUGCUUCGUGACCCAUUCCAACUAACGUCUACUUACCACAUCGUCGAUUUUACCCAAGGGUCGGACCGAGGACGACCAGGACAUGACGACGAAGAAGACGAAAACGACGGGGGGGGGUGUUACGAGAUAUGUAUACAUAUAUACAUACAUAUAUACAUACUAUACUGACUAACUCUGAUAUCUCUUGACUAUCUCUAAACUGGUUGCAAGGGGAUGGAAGAAAGAGGGAAAGAUAUCCGUAUUAACACACAGCGGUCGCCUAUUUCGUACGGCAUACGCGCAAUUCGUCCGAUUAGAUCGGAUACGAAAAAUAGGUCGUAACAAGAUAGAUAGAAAGAAAGAAGGAAGGAAGUAAGGAAGGUAGGGUGAUAUAUACUCUUUGAUCUAUGUAUAUAAACUCAGAGCUCAUAUACUUUUUUCUUACCGAAUAUCGUAUUAUUGUUUAUAUAGAGAAAGAUAUAUAUAUAUACAAACUCUUUUUUUAUUUCCUUUUUGUUGGAGGAAAAAG